AUGAAGUUAUCUUCUUCCCUCUCGUCGGCGUUAAGCGGAUCUCCAUGGCUGAUGCUUUCUCCCGAAGAAGGUGGUUGUAUGCUGUACAAUCCAAAAGAAGGCAAUAUCGAAAGGGACCUGCUGGAAGACUUUCCAGGGUGUCGAGUCCUGGCAAACUCGGGUAACUGGUGCUUGGUGUUAGAUUCUGGAUCCAAUUUAUUUAUCGUAGACGUGUUUAGCAAGGAAACGAUCCAUCUCCCGUCUCUAGAGUCGAUUAGGUCAACUACUUGUCCUAUCAAGCGCGUGGGUGAUGUUGUGAGGGGCCUUUUGUGGGUAGACAAAGGGGGAAAAGAUUACGUUGUGGUGUGGUUCUUCGACCGCGAAUAUAACCACGAUUGCCUAAGCUUUUGCAAGAAAGGGGAUACUCACUACACCGACAUCCCUCUGUUUGACCGAGACGCUCACUGGUAUAGGGGUUUAUCCGAGAUGGUGCUACGGGGUUACACUCUUUACAUCACAACAAGUCGUCGUUUUGUUCGAGUCCUAGAUCUGUCUGGAGGACAUGAGCAAGGUUACUCCUCCUUCAAGGAGACUACCAGGCCAUUCCCAAUGCUUUCUUGUUAUGAAUCAUGCGAUUCUAGCAUUGCGGUUACAACAUCAGGAGAAGUUUUGUUGGUUGAGAGUGAUCCAUGGAAUAGGACCUGGUUCCGCGUCUACAAGAAGGAUCCUGAUAUAGAAGACCCGGAUUCCUCCUGCCACACGGUUCUUGAGGUGGAUUCUCUUGGUGGUGAGGCCCUGCUUCUUGACUUGGGUUUCACCGUGCCUGCUGACGAUGCCCUUGGCAUCGAACCAGACUCCAUCUAUUUCACCCGCCACUACCGUCCCAGCCAAUGGAAAGGCCGUGACCUUGACAUCUGUGUGUACAAUCUUGCCACCAAAUCCUUCAAACGCUUUUCUGAUCUUGAUGUCAUGAAUCUCAUGGAUGCUCGAUGGUUUCUCUCUGAAGAUUAA